AUGAUCGUAAUUGUAUCAAUGGUCUAUAAAAGGAUAUGGCGUUUUGACGGAGUUGAAAUGCCAUUUUUGACAUAUUUGUUAUUUAACCUAGAAUUAUUACUGGGUUUGUUGAUCUGUUCGAUGGUAUUCGUAGGUAGUAAGUGGAGACGAGUUGUUUAUGAUGACAUACUGGGCAGAAUGUUGGAUAUCUUAACGAUAUUUCAAAAUUUGAAUCUCGGAUUUAAGCUUGAUUUGUUAGGCCACCUAUGUAUAAAAUUAUUGAUUUUUACUGGAAUUUUGUUCGUGUGUAUAAUUGUGGUAGACGCUACACAUUAUAUGGAGUUCAUUAAAAGUGCAGUUGGGUUCGGCGCUUAUUUGAUUCCACAUAUUGUUCAAAUUACCUGUUCACUGCAGUAUGUUUUUGUUUUAACUUUCGCUUACCAGAAAUUCAAAACUAUUAAUAACUUCUUAAUGUCUUCGCAACAUGUAUUGCGGUUAAAUGUUAAUAAUAACGUUGGUACACUGAAGGCUUUAAGAGAGCAGCACAUGCUAUUGCAUCAACUGGCGUUCAAAGUUAACCAGCACUUUGGAUUGUUCAAUAUAGCAACAGUUAUUUUAGUUGUUACUGCAAUAAGCACUACUUGCUUAGAAGUGUAUCAAAAUAUUCAAUUAAGUGAUCGUGGAUUGUAUCUGGUAUAUUCGGUUCUAUGGGUAGUUCUUCACGGGUUCAAAUUGAUUUUAAUUCUGUACCCGAAUUUUUUAAUGGAAAAUGAGAGGAACUUCACUGGAGCUCUUCUUCAUGAAUAUACUCCGUAUACAAACACCAAAAAUGAUAUUGAGCUCAAAGUAUUUUUAAGACAAAUCAUACACCAAAAAGGACCAUAUACAGCGUGCGGCAUUAUUCCACUGAAUUUGACGAUAAUCGCCAAUAUACUCGGAGCUUUGGCAACAUUCCUGAUAAUUUUAAUACUGUUUGAUCAAAAGCCAUGA